AUGUUGUUACGCUCGGUAGCUUGUAUUGCGCAAUUACUUGUUCCACUUUUCAGUUUCAAUAAGUUGGUUGAAGAAAAUCGUCCCGAGGAUAUACUCUCACGAAGCGAAUUCGCUCGGCUCCACGCCCAAGUCUCCUUGGCUGCAGCGAAGGCGUUAUCGUUUGAGGAACGAGCUUCAGAUAUUGUAGAUGAUCUGGAACCACCGAUUGUCGGAGUCACAAAGCCGGUGGUUGAAAUCACAGACGCAGCUCGUACCGCAAUCCGACAACUGGUUAUUGAAUCCAGAGAACAGCUGUAUCAGGCAACCUAUACCCAAAUCAUGAAACGAUGGUAUUUCGAGGAAAAGAUUCGUCGUCCGUACUUCCACGUUAAACCUUUGGAGGAGGUUCAGCUGACAAAUUGGGCAGACUAUCUGAGUUUCGAAGAGGCGGAAGCGGCAGCGAUCGAAUCAUCGGUUCGGGAGGAAUUGAAGGCAGAGCAACCAGACCUUAGCGAUUCCGAGUUAACAGCUAAAGUGCUCUCUUCCGACUCGGUGAUUUUGGCCCGUCGACGAGUGAAGGUGUUGUAUGAGCGAUGCCUGGUUGCUUGUGCUUUGUACGAACAUAUCUGGAUUCGCUACGCGCGCUAUACCGAGGUAAGUGUUUACCCCAAGCCGCUCAUCCAUGUGGUAUUUUCAUCGGUCUAUGUCUGCAGUGGAGUCGAUGUUUGGAUGACGAGUCAGUGA